CAAUCCACCCAUCUAUAUAAUCCCGUAUUCUCCUCGUCCGCGUGGGUGCCGUCGUCCCAUCGCCGCAGCCCUCCUCCCCCACCACCGCCGCAAACUCGAGCAGUACCACUCUCCCUUCAAGUUGUUAUGGAGCAGCCUCAUGAUUAUGACGAGAUGAAUAGGAAGCCUUUGAGAGUCACCAUAAACUCCCCGAAACGGCUGCUGUCUUCGACGGUAACGCCAUCGCAGCCGCCGUCAGUCCUUCCGGAUGAACUCCUCACGGAAAUCUUGCUGAGGCUUCCGGCAAAGUUACUUCUCCGUUUACGGUGUGUGUGCCGUUCAUGGAGAACCCUAAUUUCCAGCCCCAAUUUUGCCAAAGAACAUGUUCAACGUUCAAUCGCCGCGGGUCCAAGUUUGAGUGGGCCACGAGUUGCUUAUCAUCAUAGUUGGGAAUACAAACACAACACAUUUGGAGAUAUCUCCUUAGGAUCCUUGUUCGAGAACCCUUCCGAACCUCCGGAAGUCGUUUUCUUCGAGGAGAGACGUCACCACGAAAUUAUUGGGUCUUGCAAUGGAUUGUUGUGCUUGCAUGAGGGUGUUGACACCCUUAACAACCAUGUCAUGUUGUGGAAUCCCUGUACUGGACUGACAUCCCAUUCGCUGAAAAUUUGCGGUUUCAUAUGGAUUUCCGGCUUCGGCCAUGAUCAUGUGAAUGACGUUUACAAACUUGUUACCAAUGUAUAUCAGAAACAGACAAUACCUCAUACAUCUGCCACCAGAAUUUAUACAUUUUGCCAGAACCCUUCCAUCAGACAAAUGCAAGAUAUCCCGUUUCGGAGCAUAUAUGGUGAUGGUAAAGGCGUAUUUGUGCCUGGCACUGCCACUCUUAACUGGAUUCGUCAGCAUGGUGCUCGGGAUUUCAUGGUUCUUUCCCUUGACUUGGGGAAUGAGACUUUUAGUGAGUUUUCUCUGCCCCCUAAGGAUCCAGAUAAUAAAACCUUCUUCUUCCCACACUUAUGUGUGCUGAGAAACUGCCUUGCCGUUUGUUUUAAUCAUGAGAAAACUUAUUGGUCUGUGUGGCUGAUGGAGGAGUAUGGAGUGCCUGAAUCUUGGACUAAAUUGGUUACCAUCCCCCGCCACCCGCGUCUAGCUGUUGAUCAUUUAUGGCCAUUGUAUAUCUGGGGAAAUAAUGUUCUUGUGACGGUUGCAUCAUCUGAAAAGAGAGUUCUGUAUAACUUGGAUAAUGAAAGCUUUGAAUUUCCUGUAUUGAAACCUACUACUACUACUUUGUCUCUCUCAACGGGAUUGGAGUUCCAUAUUUAUCAUGAAAGCUUAGUUUCACCAUCGUUUGGUGGCUUUCGAGGUAGCUCAUCCCGAAUCCGGUUGAUCAAAGACUAGUGUAGAAGCUCUCUUCUAAAUGGUCUGAUUGUUUUCAACUCAUGCAUUCCUUUGGAGUUUUGAGAGUUCAUCUGUUCUUGCUUUUCUAGUUUAGUGAUUUAUUUAUCUUGUUUUUUACAAAACUAUACUACCUGUUAUGACUAUUGCCCAUUUAAUAUUUACAUGCCCAGGCUGAAUUUAAUUUAUGCAUGAUGAAGCUUUGAUCUUAGAUACAAACCUAUUAUUUUAGGGUAAAAUUAAGGGGAGACAAUGGAAUAUGUAAUUUAAUGCCUACCAUUUCCUUUUAAUUUUGUUGUUUUUGGAUCCAAAACUGGAUGCUUUACCAGUUGAACCAGAGGAAAUAUGCUGAUAACUGGUGUAUGAAUGAUCCGUACUUCAAAUUAUGCA